GCCUCUGACCUAAACUAUAUUGAGCGGCCCCUAAAGCUCACAAUGUCCAAGAAGGGUGUCGAAUAUUUCCCCCUUCAGCAGCAAGACACGAGUGACGAGGAGAGUGAGGGGAUUCACGCCCGGGGGCCCAGGCUAGAAGCAGAAGCUAACGGCCCCUUGUUACUGGACCCGUUUCUCUCCACCCCUAGAAAGCGCCGGCGCGUCAACCUGUAUGCUGUGGUAGCACUUGUCAUCGUCAGCAUCGGGGCCGUUGUCGCGGUGACGUUUGUGGCCUUCACUUUAUUUCACGGCAAAGGUCACACGGAGCAAAUAUUCAAGGGUACUCCGACAGGAAAACCGAUCCCUGGAUGGCGUGUUGUUUUAAACGCUACAGGUACGGAGUCGUGUGUUCGAACCCCGGAUAUCGAUGGUGACGGUCUGCCGGACGUAUUGGUCGGGCUCGCUCACGGCGUGGACUUGUCCAGCGUCAACUCGCUCACUGAGGACAACAGUCUCAAGAAAUACUGUGAACAGAAAAACUUACCCUACCCGUGUGUGGGGUUUCUUCUUGCCUUGAGAGGUACCGACGGUAAGGAGCUAUGGCGUCUCCCUACCAGGUCAGAGGUCAUGCUUAUGAUGUGUGACAUCGACGUCAACCUUGACGGCGCCAAAGACUGCAUCGUUACCGGCCGACAGUCGACGGUACAGGCGGUGGAUCUUAGAAAGGGCAAGACGCUGUGGUACUCCGACGGCGCUGAUCACCCCUCCCACUUCACACAGACGUGGAACGUCUACCAGGCAGUGGCCUUACCGGAUGUCGACGGUGAUGGAGUGGAGGACAUUGUUGUCAGCCACGGCGGAGAUCCCAACAUUGAACCUGAGAUCCACAACCGUACCGCAGGGCGCCUGAUUAUUUUGUCAGGGGCAACCGGAACACCCCUUGGUAAUUACAUGGUGAUGCCGGACAGUAAGGAAACAUACAUGACACCAGUCAAAUAUACCGCCAGAGACCGAUCCCAGUACCUGCUGUUUGGGAGCGGCGGGGAGACGGUGCCAGGUGACCUUAUGGCCAUCACGCUGCCUGACCUUUACACUUUGACCGAUCAAAAGGUCGUGCCGCAAUCUGAGGGGGAGUUUGGAUGGAAGAAGCUUCUUCCUAAAGAUUCGAAUAACGUCAUCAUGUACUUACAUAGGGGUCAAUUGAAAGGUGUCAUGGUACCACCCGUCAUCGUUGAUGUCAACAACGACGGAGAGAAGGACGUCCUAGUGUCGGUGUUUGAAGGAGCCAUGGUUUUGCUUGACGGCAAGACGUUAACGGAAAAAUGGCGGAUACCUUUUCCAAAUAUGGAAUCAUACAGCACACCAGCACCUGGUCACUUCAACGACGACGACAUCUUGGACUUCAUUGUUCACUGGAGCAGCGGGGAGUGGCCGAAAUACGACGGCGCAGAUACUGUGAUACUGAACGGUGAGGACGGCAGCAUCCUAUGGAAGGACCACUCCCGCAUGUAUCAGAUGUCCUCGGACCUGGUCCUCAGAUCGAGGACAAAGCACCUGGACUACUUCAUGGUCAAGAUGAGGGGAAAGAACGCUACCCUGGGGAACGGAACGAGGGGGGAGGCCCAUGGCGUGGGGGCACAGCGAGUUAUAAACAAAAGAGACAGCGACGAGAGUGACGAGUGUAAAAAACUCAUCAAAGAAUUUAAGGAAGAUCACGUUACCUGCGAUAAUGACCUUACGCACUUGAGCGAGCUGGUCUUUCUCGUGGACAGGAACAACGCGGAGAGUACUCUCCCUUUACAUCUAACACCAGGAGAAAAAUACCAUUACGACUACCUACCCCGAUCAGACGAGGAGGGAUGUCUCCAUGCCGACAUGUCCACUGGGAAAAUACCCAUGUGUAUAGUGAUGCUUCCUGACUCCAGAUCAACAGAUGCUGUUACCGACGUGGAUGGUGACGGGAGUCUGGAUCUGAUCCACUUGGGGUUGCUGGAGGGGCGUCUUAGAGACAGUCGGUUCAGCUACACCAUGAUGAAAUUCACAACCAUCAUAUCCAGGAUUGACAUCAUGACGGGGGUCAAUAAAUAUUCCAUGCCACCAGAAUCCAAUAGCGAUUCCAAGCCGUCAUUUGCACCUUUGCCAACCCAACCCUGGCUAGAAUAUCUCGGCUCUGCGGCUUCCAGCGUGUUUUAUCAACAUUUGAUGUGAUAUGUAAUUGUUUGUAUGUUUAUGAUUCAUGUUCUUGUACACUGUUUUUACACUGACGUAUGACGUAUGAUGACAAUAAAUAAUUUAUGUAACGCG